UACUGUGGCCUUUCCGUGCCCGCACCAAUGCAAUGCGUUUCGUGGAUCGGGAGGCACAAGAUCCGGGCGGCGGCGCUCGGGCUCGCGCUUGGGGCCUGGAUUUAUUCCACGUGCCGCAGGCGGCAAAUAGAAACUUCGGACGACCAAGACCGUUUACUUGCCUUUUUAAACGACUCCCACAAGUCCGCGGGUGAGGCUAUGCGCUCGUUCGUGCCCCUGCUGAAAUCCAAAAUCGAGACGCUAAUUCCAAUCUCAAAAAUGGUCUCGAGACUGAAGACGUCCAGUCUGGACUCUGCAGAAAAACACCGAGCUUGGGAGGAUUUGAAGCUAAACACCUUCGAGUCGACUCUGCUCUUUGUGUGCAGCCUGGCCGCCAUCUCGACCGUUCUGUGCACGACCGUCAGCGUCGUGGCGAAGUACAUGCUUAGGGCAGCCCAGUGCAAGCAGCACGACGUCUCCCUAUUCUCAGUGUUCUCCGAAGUCCUGGCGGGCAAAAAUUCGGCCGACUCCGAAAAACACGACGACAACGUGGAAUUUCUUGUUAAUGAGAGAAAUGCAGAAAUGCUCUCGUUUGUGACCAUCGAUAGCAACACAAAAAAAAGAGUGUUGGUUUUAACGGACCACUACCUGAAAGUUGGCAUGUCUGAGCUUCUAGCGGAUAUACGGUCCGCUUGUCGCAAGUCGACCAUGUUUGCACUAAAAGAUAAGGUAAGUUCUGAACAGGCCCUGCAAAAGCUCCGCGACUUGGAAUCUCUCGUCACUCGCGAGGUCUUCGGCGUGGAAGACCCGUCGACGUGCCCACGUCCAGACCGUUUCGAGAAGCUACAAAAAUUCCUGUUGCCUCCAGAAACGGCCGAAUCUGGCUACCUUCGUCAGUCCCAAGACGCUCUGUUCGAGCACAUCAGCGAAGAAGACAAAUACGGACUAAUCAUGAACGAAGUCCGAACCAUCAUGGAAAGCGAGCACUUUCUCCGCUUCUUUCUCAGUCAACUGCACGUCGCCUUCUCGAUCACGCUGUCGAGUUUGCGUUCAAAACUGGAAAAAGCCGGCGCGGAAUCUGGCAUCUCGGUCGCCAAGCUAAUUCCGAUUCUAAGCAACCUCUUCUCGACGUCGCGCGGGGAACUCGCGGACAACAUCGCCGUGGAACUAUUCAAAGAAUCGGACUUGAAAGGAUUCAUGCAAAAACACAUUUCGUAAAAACUUCGACGCGCGCGCCGUUCGUCGGCCUCUGUUUCUCGUACGACGCUUGAAACAAAAUGCGCUCGAGCGUAAAAAAAAAAAAUGUAGAAAAGGGGGAAAAAAAUCCGACCGAUUUAGUGUUUCGAAUGAGUUGGCUAAGAAACUUUGUCCCCAACAACGGCUCCUUGAGCGACUUUAUGGCCAUCCUGCCUAAACUCGGCAAACUGAAAGACAAAAUGGUGGACAUCAAAGGACACGGAAAAUCAGCAAAUGGAUUGGUCAAAGCAAUCACUCAAAAAAACAUAGACAUGUCCUCGAAACUUCUGUCGGUCAAAAUAGACCCGAAAAUCAUUGACCCGAAAAAAAUAGACAGCCUGGAAACGUCCAUCACGGAGGCCGUCAAUGACGCCAUGAUAAAUGAAAACGAAGCACUAAAAGAAGUCAUAAAAGAACUGAAGUUGGACUCGACAAAAUAAUAAAGCCUCUAUUGUCGACCAACG